UCGCUCGACCUUUGCCGAGUCCUCCUCGUGCGGCUCUACCACCGCCGCCGCCGUCUCCGCCGCUUCCCGAGAGCCGCAUACAAUACGCGUGCGUGCGCGUACACAUUCAUAAUAUACACGUGUAUGUACGAAUGUAAAAGCUGCAGCGCUAUACACAAGCUCGGAUCGCGCGGCGCGUGUCCUCGAAAAGCUCCCGCGCGUCCUUUGGGCCGACGUGCGUAUACAGAGAGAGAGAGAGAGAAAGCGAGAGAAAGAUAUAUAAUAGACCGCGACGCGCAGUGGCUCCCGCAGGCUAUACAGAUCUGUAUCCUACACGAAAAUUGUACAACGAGCCUGCGUAUUUACUCACGCACAGUCGUUUUCGAGUCGUCGCUGAUGCUGAUGCUGAUCUAUUCAAAGAUAGCAGCAGCAGCAGCAGCAGCAGUCCUGAAAUUAUUGGUCUCCAGCCAAGAUUGGAAGGCAAUAUUUUUCCCGUCGUAGUUGUCGCCGCGUGACGUCGUCGUCGGGGCUCCGUCGAUUAUUAUACUAUAUCAGAAGAGCCGCUCUCCGAGUCAGGGAAUGAGCAAAAUACUACCUUGAUCCUUGGAAAGAAGAAGAAGAAGCAGCAGCAGCAGAAAAAGUCCGAACGAUCGCGUUUAUUUAUACAUACGUUUGUUUUUUUUUCUCUUUCUCUCCUCUUUUUCAAUUUCUCGCUGCCUUUCCGUUUCUCUCGCGCUCACUUUUCGGUGCGAUUCAUUAUUCAUACGUGUCAAAGCUCACUCGCUCGCUCGCUUGCGCUCUUCAUCUAUAUGUUAUUGUUACAAUACACACAUGGCCUCGGCUCCGUCAAAAUCUUUGUGCGAGCUUGAGACGGCGAUGCCUGCGAGACUCUGGAUUUUCAUCAUUGUCAUCUGAAAUCGAUAACUUACCGAAGCAGGAGCUACAGCAGCGGUAGCGGCAGCUGUGUAUAGCAUAUAAGAGAGGAAUAAAACAUAAACGAGACUACAACAAUGUCGAAGGAAUCCUCCGCGAUAAAAACGGCCCAGCAUAUUCCAGCCAUCAAGAUAUUGCCGGCUCAGCUGGCGAGGUUGAAGAAAGAGGAAGAAGAAGAAACAUGGAUAUCCGGCGAGGAGCUGUACACGGAAGGCAGUAGCGACGAGGAAAACAGCCACAGCUGCGCCAAGCCGACUCUGCCCAAGUCGUCGUUCUCGAAGAUUAACGCGCUGCGUCAGCAGCAGGCGAGAACGAGAUCGACGGAGAAGCGGGGCAAAUCGAGCCUGGCCAUAGAGUCGACGUCGUCGUCGCGGCAGGCUUCGUUGGAGGAUCAUCAUCAAUCGUCGCCGCGCAGCAGCAUGAGUGACGAGGAGUACGUGCCGGACGACGAAAUCUCGUGGAAAGUCAAUCGGGGCGCGGGGGCGAGGCAACAGCAGCAGCAGCAGCAACAGACUCGACUUACCGAUAGUCAAGAUUUCUUGCAACACUCCUGAUACAGAUCCUAUUAUUGCGUAUCGUUAAGCUAUCCCGUUUCAGUCUCGAGCAUUUAAAAAGUCGCUUCUUUCAAUGUUGACAACUGUAUAAAUUAUUAUCUACUUGACGAUCUGUUCGAAUAAAUUUAAGAAUAUUUGUUGUUCUUUUUUUUUUUAAGAAUGUAUUUUAUGUUUUGACAAUGCUCAUGGUAUAAGAUGCUAUUAUAUGAAUUAAGGUGUUCUUAAAAGAAUCACGUCAAAUUUUAAUCAAAAUAUCAAAGGAGCUUUUAUAAAUAAGUGUGAAUAGAUGAAUGAAAAAAAAGUUUGGU